CCUUUCACGGCUCUAAAUUCAUCUAUGGACAGUGAUAGAUGAUAUUCAUGUAUAUCACAGAGCCCACAACAUGGGCGGUUCCGAUCAUUGGAACACUGAGCAUAUGGGCCAGUAGCGUCGAUACACGGACUUGACCCUGAGUCGCGACUGAGGGAAAACAAACCUACUUUUCAGGCGCGCUUUUUCUCCUUUUGAUUAUUCUGUUUUCAGUCGUCUCUAGGGUUUUAGCCGUUUGCUCGGGGUUUUUAGACGAUCGGAGGUGUAGAAGAAAGACAGCCCAAAGAAAACAUAGACAAGAUAAGAAGAUAAUUACGAAAAGCCCAGGUCAUUCCUCUCUCUCUCUCUCUCUCUCUCUCUCUCCCUUCUUCCGGCGACCAGAAAGGCCUUCGAGCGCCACCGGCGACCACCUUCGCAGGAAAUUUGUGUACUGCUUGCUCUAAGAGGGUACAAUGCAUGCUCAUAGUGGAUCCAUGAUGUGUUCCAUGCAUCAAUCGAUUUGGACGAGGAGUUCUUCCUUUCAUCCGAAGAUUUCCAGUAAUGGUGAAUUCCCUCACCAGUUAAAGCUCAAUUAUGCCAAAUGUAAGGCUGCUCAUCUUGAGGGGAGCUUGGUGACAGGAAGGCCACCCUCCUCCGUAUCCGUCCCUGCACCUGACAUUGGUGGUAAUGCAAGCGGUAUGAAAGACUAUGGUCUUGAGGAAGUGGAUCCUGAACUGUAUGCUAUAAUGGACAAGGAAAAGCAACGGCAAUUCAAUUGCCUAGAACUCAUUGCUUCAGAGAAUUUUACAUCUCGUGCCGUCAUGGAAGCAGUUGGUUCUUGCCUCACAAACAAGUAUUCUGAAGGACUGCCGGGGAAAAGGUACUAUGGUGGCAAUGAGUUUAUUGAUCAGAUAGAGAUUCUGUGUCAGAAAAGGGCUUUGUCAGCAUUCAACCUUGAUGAGAACAAGUGGGGAGUCAAUGUUCAACCAUUAUCUGGCUCGCCAGCCAAUUUUGAGGUUUACACUGCACUUCUUAAACCGCAUGAUCGAAUAAUGGGUCUGGACUUACCUCAUGGUGGGCACUUAUCUCAUGGGUUUAUGACUCCUAAGAGACGGGUGUCAGGCACAUCAAUUUAUUUUGAGUCUAUGCCUUAUAGGCUUGAUGAAUCUACAGGUCUAGUCGAUUAUGAAAUGCUUGAGAAAACAGCUAACCUGUUUCGUCCGAAGCUCAUAAUUGCUGGUGCUAGUGCAUAUCCUCGGGAUUUUGAUUAUCCACGUAUGAGGAAGAUUGCAGAUGCUGUUGGUGCUUUCCUUAUGAUGGAUAUGGCACACAUAAGUGGGCUUGUUGCUGCUUCUGUGGUUGGCAAUCCUUUUGAGUAUUGUGAUGUCGUCACUACAACAACACACAAGACCUUACGUGGGCCCCGAGGAGGCAUGAUUUUCUUCAAGAAGGAUCCUAUUUUAGGAGUUGAUCUAGAAACUGCCAUUAACAACGCUGUAUUCCCCGGUUUGCAGGGUGGUCCUCACAACCACACAAUUGCAGGGCUCGCCGUGUGUUUAAAGCUUGUUCAGUCCCCUGAGUACAAAGAUUAUCAGGGUCAGGUGGUAGCUAAUUGUAAAGCGCUCGCGGCCCGUUUAGUUGAACUGGGAUACAAGUUGGUUUCUGGCGGUAGUGACAAUCACCUCAUUUUAGUUGAUCUAAGGCCACUGGGUAUUGAUGGGGCGCGGGCCGAGAAAAUCCUGGACAUGAGUUCUAUCACUCUCAACAAGAAUUCAGUGCCAGGUGAUAAAAGUGCGCUAGUGCCGGGUGGCAUCCGCAUUGGGACACCUGCUAUGACCACCCGAGGAUUCAAGGAGGCCAAUUUUGUAGCAGUUGCAGACUUCAUUCACGAGGGCGUGCAGAUUGCUCUGGAAGCCAAGGCUUCUGUCAGCGGGACAAAGCUUAAAGAUUUCAUGGACUUAGUAGAAUCUUCCAAUUUCCCACUGAAGGUGCGCAUUUCGGAUCUGAAAAGGAGAGUUGAAGUUCUAACCAACCAAUUUCCAUUGCCUGGAGUAUAGAUGAUUGCUGCUUUAUUUUACUAGCAGUGUUGUUGCAAUAUAGGUGAAGUAACAUAGGGACUUCUAUUUCAUCUCAUAUAUAAUAUUUAAUAUGCAAAUAAAAAACCAUAUUUUCCAUAAUUAAAAUAUCAUUGGAUGCAGUAA